AUGAGACUUCAGACGGAUCUCUGCAGCUCAAUCUUGUUGGUAGUACGAAACUGGACAUUUUUAAAAAGCCGCUUCGUACAAAAUUGUCGGAACCCAGGACUAUCGGCCUUGUCAGAAGGAGGAAGGAAAUCGCAUAUUCCUUACAGAGAUUCAAAGGUGACCAGAUUGCUCCAAGAUUCACUCGGUGGUAAUUCUCACACAAUCGUGAUCGCCUGUGUCUCACCCUCCCAGUCGAAUGAAGAGGAGACAAUAAAUACUCUCAAAUUUGCAGAGCGUGCAAAAAAGGUUAUAAACAAGAUUUUCGUUAACGUUGAUCCUGUUGGACAGAGGAAACAGGAGUUCAAGGAAAAGGUCACUUCUAAGGAGAGGAGGUUGACUGAAGUGCGCUUAGACUCUGCUCCAUGUUCGUCGAGUGCCAAUCAGAGUUCGAAUAAAGUGGAUGAGUUGACGGCAGCCCCAGCGGAAAAAGAGGGGAUGCUCAGCCUGCUUCAGCAGAUCGAAAUGCGGUUCAAAGGCGUGGUAAGUAAAACGCUCGAGAUGACUAGCAAUGGAGUCAAGUUUGGAUUUUACGGCAUUCUUCUGCGAGGCAAAAAGAAGCUACUCGAGGCACAAAAACUAGCUGAAGAGGCAUGAAUUUAUCGCUUCUCAAAACUGGACUUCCAGCUGGAUAUUUCAUCAAUCCCAAGAUUUUUGCAAGUGCAAUCACGUCAAGGAUCACAGGAGGAUGAUCUUACCUUCGUUGUACAUCUCCAGAAAUGAUAUUCCUUCAGAUGCAAAAUGAUUAUAGGUAUGUAUUCGAACUUAAUGUCAAAUCUAAUAAUUUUAAAUGUAUAAAGGCACACCGAAGCUAAUCACUUGGUUUGCUGCUUACGAUGUAUUUUUAAGCUCAGAUAAUAUCUUAGAUUUUUGAUGUUAUAUGAAGAUUAUAUGUGAGAUGAUCAUUUGUAUAAUAAAACUCGUUGCGGAG